AUGAAGUUCACUCUGAUCACCUCCAUGAUCCUCGCCAGCACCGGCCUGGUGGCUGCCGACUGGGACAGCAUCGAGUCGUACGGCGAGAGCGUAUACUCCAACGCCAAGACCUUUGGUGAAGGAGUGGCUUCCGCCGCUGAGACCUUCGCAUCCGGAGUCCAUUCCAAUGCUGACAGUGCCGCCUCCGCCGCCGAGACCUUUGCUUCGGGAGUUGAGUCCGCUGCUGAGACCUUUGCCUCAGGUGUUGUAUCCAGAUGGACACACACUGAGGAUGUCACCACUACCAACUCCAACGGCCAGACUACCACCCUCCACACUACUAUCACAUCGGCCGCAACCACCGGAUCUGCCGCAUCUGCUACUACUGGCACGGCAACUUCCACCGGUUCCUCUUCCUCUUCCUCCUCCAGCUCAACUGGUACCAACGCCGCUCCCCAUGCCACCAGCAUGGGUGUGGCUGCUGCUGGUCUUGCCGGUUUGGUCUACGUCAUGGUCGCCUUGUAG